UGGUCUUCCGCCCACUGACCUUCUCAACUUACAGGAGAACGCAGUCCUACCAAACAAUCUUUAUGCAUGCUCCCAUGACUUCCCAGGAUCCUCAUCCUAAGCGAUGGGCUAUCCUGAUUGGGGUCGGCUUGACUCUGCCAAGACCUGGUGCCCGGUCUACGAGCCCCGCCAACGACAUGUCUUUGCCGGGAGCGGUUGAGGACAUCAGAGCUGCUGCUGAGUAUCUCAAAACAGGGCCGUCUGCCGUCGACAUGUCGAUUCUCACUGCCACAAAGUCGCCACAUGAUGCCAGAAAGACCACAGAGACUAAAGAGUACCUACCCAGCCGCGACAAUGUCAUCUUCAGCAUGCAAAGGGUCCUUCAGCUCUCCUCGCCCAGCGACCACAUCUACAUCCAUUACUCUAGCCAUGGAACUAUUCAGAAUAUAAACGAAGCAGUCGCAUUGGAACUGGUCAACCCUACCAGCUUGGAGACCGAGUAUCCGUAUGGCACCAUACUACGGCACGCUAUCAACAAGAUGAUACAAAAAGGCCUUACCGUCACGCUUACUCUUGACUAUUGUUUCUCAGGGAGUGUGCUCCGGGAUGAUCAACUACAAACUAGGAAGGUUCGAUAUUUGGAAUACAGUCGUGAUGUCGACCUACAAUCCGACUAUCGAGAUCCCUUUCACUCCAAUACGUCACGUGACAGCGAGCUUGGUCUAUCCAGACUCCUGGAUCCCGAGGGCCACACAAUCAUUGCCGCGUGUGGACCUCUUGAGGUUGCUUCGGAGCUGGAAUUUGAUGGAGGUGCCACCAGAGGGGCACUAAGCUAUUUCCUGGUUGACUCGCUCACAAAGCUGAGGAGGCGAGGUAUCAAAGUCUCCAACCAGACAUCGCAGAGACCCAGAUCCAUUCUCAAGACUGCUUCAAGGCUUGCAAGGCAACCAGGAUGGUGAUAGGGGGGAUAAAAAAUACGAAUGGACGACCCGCAGUUAUCUCGUCCGUACUCAUAUCUAGUUGUACCCGCUCAUGCGAAAGGAUCAUACAGCUCCAGUUGGUGCUCGGGAUACGCUCGACCAUUCUUGACAGUCACUCCCGAACUGUUGCAUAGUGUGUACUUUCCAUCAUUUGCACCCUCAAUCUUGUAUGGCCCUUCCCUCCG